CUCCAAUGACCAGCUGCCGGGCAGUUGGGGCCAAUUUCUGCUGCAGAAGACCUAGAAAGCUGCGGAAGUAAGAAAGCACUGCCACGGGCAAAGAUCCAACGGUUCACGGGGAAUCCCCUUUAACCUUCAGAGCCUACUAAGUAGGAUCUGCAUUCAUGAAUCUUGGGGUCGAAGAGCUAGGAUUUCUUUGCAAGUCAUGACAGCAUAUGAAAGUGAGGUAAGUUGUCUAGGGUCUAGGACAUCUGAAGAAAAGGGGAGAUGCGGUUUGCAAGUAUUUGCUGCAGAACAAGACCGCUCUGCCGGGGUAUAAUAGCGUCACGCUUAGGACGGCAUGUUUCUACAACAUCAAGGAUAAAGAGCCCCUUAGCACGCCAGACAGCUGUGAGCUUUGUAAAGCCAACACAGCUGAUACCAAUAUCCCUCGCCUCAGCUUCUCAACGCCGAGCCCAUACUCUUGACUCGCCCUCCUCACCAGUAAUACCGGAGCCUUACUCACCACCAACAACUGGGUUGCUAUCUCGUCUCCCUCCAUCAUGGGUUCCCUACGCAGAGCUUAUGCGUCUUGAGAAGCCGGCAGGAACGAUUUAUCUCUUCUUUCCCUGUCUUUUCUCCACCCUUCUCGCAGCGCCCCUCACUACUCCGGUGGCAUCGCCGCUCUCGGUUUUGGGAACCUCUGCCCUGUUCUUCUCUGGCGCGUUAAUCAUGCGCAGCGCCGGAUGCAGCAUCAACGACCUUUGGGACAGGAAUCUCGACCCCAAGGUAGCCCGAACACGUUUGCGGCCCAUUGCUCGUGGCGCCUUAACGCCUUUCAAAGCCUUCGCAUUCACCGGUGCUCAGCUACUGACUGGCCUGGUGGUUCUCUUACAAUUUCCGUUCGUAUGUCUGUUCUAUGGAAUCCCCAGUCUUCUGCUUGUGGCGACGUAUCCCUUGGCGAAGCGUGUCACGUACUACCCUCAGUUCGUUCUUGGCCUGACAUUCUCCUGGGGGGCUAUGAUGGGGUUUCCUGCGCUCGGCGUGGAUCUACUUGCCGCAGACGCUGGUGCCUUAAGGACUGCUGCUGCCCUGUUGUACGCAAGCAAUGUCUCUUGGACUGUGUUGUACGACAUGAUCUAUGCACAUAUGGAUAUUAAGGAUGAUGCGAAGGCAGGUAUCAAGAGCAUUGCGCUGAAACACGACGCGGAUACGAAGAAGGUGCUUGGCGGCUUGGCUGUUGUCCAGAUAGGACUGCUUGCUGCUGCAGGGAUCGCAUCUGGAGCCGGCCCAGCAUUCUUCAUCGGAAGCUGUGGUGGAGCUGCUUUGACUCUGGGCUAUAUGAUCAAAAAAGUCAACUUGAAGAGUGUCAAGAAUUGUUGGUGGUGGUUCGUCCACGGCUGUUGGAUUACUGGUGGUGUCAUUAGUUUUGGACUCGGGGCCGAUUACUUAAUUCAGUAUCUCACGGACAACAACCAACCAGAGAUAGAAACCCAAACCGCAUGAUGAGGUUAGGCGGAGCGGCCGGUUGUACGACUACGCUGUUUGAGAAUGAUGGUCACCUAAAAAUAUGGAGAGCUCCUCAUAAUAUGUACAAUAAAUCAUUAUGUAGAAAACUAGAUGAACUCGUAAUUGCCAUACUUCGGAUAUUCUCGAGGCCAAAUAUCAAGGGGCAACAUAUAG